AUGGCCUACAAUUCAGUCAAUCCUUACACAGACCACUAUAUUGGAAUCGAUGUUGGUACAGGGAGCGCAAGGGCUUGUGUGAUCAAUAGCAAAGGAGAUAUUGUUGGACUAGCUUCCGAAAACAUCGGGCUAUGGCAGCCAGAACAAGGAUAUUACGAGCAAUCAACGACAGACAUCUGGCGCUGCAUCUGCACCUCUGUCAAGCGUAUCCUCGAUCAGCAGAACCUUGAUCCCUCCACCAUCCGCGGUCUUGCCUUUGACGCUACCUGUUCUCUUGCAGUAUUUUCUGAAGAUACAGACGAACCCGUCUCUGUGACUCAUCCAAGAUAUGACAAUGAUCGGAAUAUCGUGCUAUGGCUGGAUCACAGGCCUGUGGAAGAGACGGCAAAGAUCAACGCUACAGAACAUAACCUACUGAGAUAUGUGGGAGGUACUAUGUCCAUUGAGAUGGAAAUCCCAAAAGUGCUUUGGUUGAAGAACAAUAUGCCGAAAGAGCUGUUCGAUCGCUGCAAAUUCUAUGAUUUGACGGACGCCCUCACACACAUGGCCACUGGUAACGAGAACAGAAGCUUUUGCAGCACAGUCUGCAAACAAGGUUACGUACCGGUCGGCGUUGAUGGGAGUGUGAAAGGCUGGCAAGGCGAUUUCUUGGAGACCAUUGGCCUGGGUGAUCUCGUAAAAGACAACUUUAGACGCUUGGGUGGAGUCAACAAAGAAAAUGGCCACUACCUUUCCGCCGGCGAAAAAUGUGGUACGCUAUCCGAAAAGGCUGCGAACGAACUGGGCCUGCCAGCCGGCAUCGCUGUGGGUAGCGGCGUCAUUGAUGCCUACGCCGGCUGGAUUGGAACUGUAGGUGCGAAAGUACAUCUCGGUGGGGGAGCACUCAGCUCUGAAUACGCCAGCAACGACUGGCACCAAGCCUUCACCCGUCUAGCCGCCGUCGCCGGUACCUCGACCUGCCACAUCGCCAUGUCGCCAAAACCGGUCUUCGUAAAGGGCGUAUGGGGUCCGUACCGCGACGUGCUCAUCCCCGACUAUUGGCUUGCAGAAGGAGGACAAUCCGCCACGGGUGAGCUCCUCAAACACGUAAUCGAAACCCACCCAGCCUUUCAAACCGCACUUUCCACUGCGGAAUCCUACAACGCGAACAUCUAUGACUACCUAAACGAGCACUUGAAGGACAUGGCAGCCAAAGUCUCUGCACCGUCCAUCAGCUAUUUAGGCCGCCACUUCUUCUUCUACGGCGACCUCUUUGGCAACCGCUCCCCCAUCGCAGACCCGCGCAUGACAGGGUCCGUGAUCGGGCUGUCAUCCGACAAAUCCAUGGACGGGCUCGCACUGUACUAUUACGGCUGCAUGGAAUUCAUUGCCCUCCAAACCCACCAGAUCAUCGAAACCAUGAACGAAUCCGGCCAUCAAAUCAAGUCAAUCUUCAUGUCCGGCUCGCAAUGCCAGAACAAAAUCCUCAUGGAACUCAUGGCCUCAGCGUGUGACAUGCCCGUCCUCAUUCCCCAAUACGUGCACGCAGCCGUGUGCCACGGCGCCGCAAUGUUAGCCGCCAAAGCCGCCUCCGCGGACCGGAACGGAAAGAGUGAAGAUCUCUGGUCUAUCAUGGAUCGGAUGUCCAAGCCUGGAAGGGCGGUAUUGCCGACGGAGGACCAGCAUGAGAAGGAUUUGUUGAAGGUGAAGUAUAAUGUUUUCUUGGAGCAGUGCCAUAGCCAGAGGAAGUAUCGCGGGGAGAUUGAUGAUAUUGUGAAUAAAUGGAGUGAGAACACUGGGAAGAUGGAUGAGAAGGAGGCGAAGCCGAAGGCUGAGCAGGGAGAGAAGGCAAAAGCUGGGGGUGGGCUUAAUACGGUGCUACCCGGUAGUGUGGUGUGA